AUGCAAAGUACAAUUUAUUACAUUCUUUUGGUGUUUUUAUAUAUACUACCUGUUGAAAACACCGUAAAAAUGUCCUAUGGCAAUUCAACUAUAACAUGCGUACAAGAACCUCCCUCAAGGACUGGAAGAGGUGGGAAUUCUCGAGCUACUCUAAGAAUUGUAAAAUUGGCACCCAAAAAAAAAGUUACAUGGGAUAAAGAUACAGUUGAUAAUGAGCAUGCCAACAAAAAAUCAUCUAAAGUUUGUUGUAAAUAUAAAAAGCCAAGGAGAUUUGAUGAAAGUUCUGAGUCCGAAUCAUCAGAUAGUGAUUCAGAGAGAAAUAGUUAUGACUCAUUUAAAAAAGCAAAAAAAGGUGGUUGUAGUGAUUGUUCUAAGAGAGUGUCAAUCAAAACAUAA